GGAAUUUUAAUGAGCUUUAAUUGCUCUGCUGUUCCAUUGGACCACAACAUUCACAUCAAGACUGAGCAGGUCUGAGGAUUAUUUCUACAGACGGGACAACUAGAUCAAGAACUGGGCAGAAUGGAAGUGAAGGUGUCUGUCAAAGGCAUCCCACGUGUUGUGUGUGGAGUUACAGAGGAGACAACGUGUCAAGACGUGGUGCUAGUGUUGGCUCAGUCCCUUGGGCAGCCAGGACGCUACACCUUGCGAGAGAAGUUCAAAGACUUUGAGCGGUGCAUGACUCCCGAUGAACGACUUCUGGAGACAUUGAAGAAGUACGGUGAGCAGGCCAAGGAGGUCCAGCUCAGUCUCCAACACAGUGGCCUCUCCGCUUGGGAUGAAAUGGGCAAAGUAAAAGUUGGCAGAUACCAGCCUUGUCCGCCACUGAGACGGAAAGACAUUGGGCCUAAAAUGCGGAGAGGGAGCGGCUCCCUAAGCUUGCACCGCCAAAGCUUGCCUCCAUUGACCUGUUUGAGAGAAGAGGCUGAGCAGAAGAAAGACACCCUGAAGACGCCUAGAAGAAAGUCUCUGACUCUCAUGGAGGAGGCCUGGGAAUGGCUGGAAAGUCUUGGCAAAGGAAAGGUCUACAGUACAACGUGUGACAAGCCAAGCAAGAAGAGGAUUGAUAAAAGGGGACGGGCCUCUUUGGAUUUGUCCCUUUUUGUCACAAAAGAACAUCAAGAUCAAAGCAGCAGAUGUACAGACAGAGGUCAGAAAAGUUCAAAAUCAGACUUUGACCAUCAAACAUCCUGCUGCAUCAGCAAUCAGACCAAGGAGAAAAGCAGGCGCUCAAAGAACACCCAAGAGGUAAAAUCUGACCUGAGCACCUCAAUCUGCGCAGUGGUAACCAAAGGUGAAAAAAAUCGCCUUAGAGACUCAAUCAUAUGUCAGCUGCUGUGCUUGCAGGAUUUACAAGUCCAGAUAACAAACACAGACAAACAGGUUUUGGACCUCGAGCAAAAGCAGAAAGCCAAAACAGCCGAAGAAGAAGUCCAGGAGAGGCUUGUGGCUGAGGAGAUGGAAUACAUAAACUUUUGGGAGAAUGAACUGAAAGCUGAGGAGAGUUACGAGAAAGAUUUGCAGCGUCAGUUCCUCGAGAUGAGAGCCAAUGUUGCAGAUUGCAAAGCUAAACUGGAGGAGUACAGGCGCAAAAUGCAGGGCUUGGAUUUUUUUGGCAAUCUGAACGUUGCUCAAGAAGAGCGGAGGGUUUUAAAAGCUCAUGAAAAAGUUGCCACCAAGAUGUCCGACAGCUCAAAAAAGGAAGAAAAUCUGGAAGGAUACAAGUCCAGUGUGGAAAGAAACAACAGGAAGUUCCUGCCCAAAGAGCACAGCACCCCUCAUGCUCUAGUUCCUCCAAAUCAGAUAAGAGAGCGGCGGCCCACGGGACCCACCGAGCUGAGGGAGUGGUGGAAGCGCUGGUCAGAAGCUCAAAAAGCUCAACCCCAGGAUGAAAGGAAGGUGAUCCACCGCUCUGAGCUCACCAUUUACCUGAGGAGUACCAAGGUUUAGGACCAGCUCACAACAAUCCAAACUCCCAUUUGUGACAUCACCAUGAGAUCUCAAUCAGGACGUCUUCAAUGAACCAGAGCGAGAUUAUUCUGCUUUCACCGCUAUAAUACGGGUUCAUGUUUACGCUCUAAAAGCUUUAUUUUCACUGCCAUUCUUCAUGCACCUGGAACUUUGUGCAUCACCAAACACAUAACUGAUUCUCUAAUUUUACUUGUGUGUACUUUGUAUCCAAUA